ACUAAUGCUCUCUCUCUCUCCCUCUCUCUCCCCUCCAUAAAAGAUCCGCAUUCCGUCGCUCCCUCUAACCCAGUAAACCUAGCGUUCUCAGCGGCGUUCGGACGAACCCCUCUUAUGCUCUGUUUGUCUGAGAAGCACCGCAUGGAGCGCCUUGCUUUGCCUUGCUUCCUCUUACUCGUUUCCAUCUUCACAUUUUCAGAUGCCGGUUCCGUAGGAGUAAACUAUGGCCGAAUCGCCAACAACCUUCCCUCGGCAACAAAAGUGGUGGAGCUUCUCAAAUCGCACGGUCUAGAGCGGGUCAAGGUCUUCGACACCGACCCGGCAGUUCUCAAGGCCUUAUCCGGAUCCGGAAUCAAGGUGACCGUGGACCUUCCCAACGAGCAACUCUUUGCAGCGGCCAGAAGUAAGUCCUUUGCCGCCGCAUGGGUCCAGAGAAACAUUGCCGCCUACCAUCCCUCCACCCAGAUCGAAGCCAUUGCCGUCGGAAACGAAGUUUUCGUGGACACACGCAAUACGACACGGUACCUCAUACCCGCCAUGACAAACGUCCACGACGCUCUAGUUAAGCACAACCUCAACAAUGCCAUCAAAGUCUCUUCCCCUAUAGCCCUCAGCGCCCUCCAAAACUCUUAUCCAUCUUCUGCCGGGUCGUUCAGACCAGAACUAGUCGAGUCCGUUUUCAAACCCAUGCUGGACUUCCUCCGCCAAACCGGGUCAUACCUUAUGGUGAAUGCGUACCCGUUCUUCGCCUACGAGUCAAACUCCGGCGUCAUUUCGUUGGACUACGCUCUGUUCCGCGAAAAUCCGGGUGUGGUGGACGCCGGUAACGGAUUACGGUACUUCAGCUUAUUCGACGCCCAAAUCGACGCCGUUUUUGCCGCCUUGUCUGCAUUGAAGUACGACGACAUCAAACUGGUCGUAACGGAGACAGGUUGGCCUUCCGACGGGGAUGAGAACGAGAUAGGCGCAUCUAUGCAGAACGCCGCUGCUUACAAUGGAAACCUGGUCCGCAGGAUCCUGACUGGUGGAGGAACUCCAUUGAGACCCAAAGCGGAUCUGACCGUCUAUCUCUUCGCUCUGUUCAACGAGAACCAGAAGAACGGUCCCACGUCGGAGCGAAACUACGGGCUUUUCUACCCGGACGAGCAGAAAGUCUACGACAUACCAUUCACCGUGGAGGGGUUGAAGAAUUACCACGACAACCGGUCACCAAUACCCGGCAAAGAACGAAUGACGACCCCACCGGUAAGCGGCAGAACAGGAGGAGUGUCGACGAAUUCGGCGGGGAAUACUUGGUGCGUGGCGAAGGGUGAGGUCGGGAAGGAGAAGCUGCAGGCGGCUCUAGAUUUUGCUUGUGGCGAGGGUGGGGCCGACUGCCGGCCGAUCCAGCCGGGUUCCACGUGUUACGAUCCGAACACGCUUAACGCCCACGCCUCGUUCGCCUUCAACAGUUAUUACCAGAGGAAGGGCCGUGCGGGCGGUUCUUGCUACUUUGGUGGCGCGGCGUACGUGGUCACGCAGCCACCCAGGUUUGGUAAAUGCGAAUUCCCCACUGGAUCCUGAAGAUGGGUCACGAUGAGUGAGAUGUAACAGUUGUUUAUAUAGCAAUUUUUAUUUUGUUGAACCGUAGUUAUGAAUGUAGUUUAAUGGGUUUUAAGAUUGUUUUGGGGGGUUCUCGUUUGUACUUAGUGUUGGUUGUCGUACGUUGGUGCCACUAGACAUUAAUAUAACUUUUGGACAAUAUACAUCUGUAAUUAAUUUCCACCACCAUAUUUUGUUACCAGUGCCUACUGCUUUAAUAAGGUGUUUUGUCGUA